UAGAUACCGAAUAACAGAAUGAAAAAAAAAAGUCAGUCUCGUGAGUUCAGUCGACGAGUGAAGAAGUGCUGAAAAAGCUCUCUCUAAAAAAUUUUAUUAAUUCAAGAAAUUUAUUUUUUUAUCGAUUUUCCAAAUCAAUUUCCAUCCAUCAACUCGGUGAAAGUGAAAUUACGAGAAAACAAUGCCAAUUAUAUCGCCGAAAAUUCCUCAAGGCUUAGAGGAAUUGAUGAAGGGUCUGGCAAAAAGUGUUAUUAAGGAAAAUCCUGAUAACAUUUACGAAUUUGCCGCCGAGUAUUUUGAGAAUUUAUUACGCGAAAGGGAUGGAACGGAUGACCAGAAUUACAAAAAAUUUGCCACUUAUAAGGUAUAUAAGAAAAGUCGAAUGGAAAGAAGGAAGCGGGAAAGAGAAAUUAUAUCAAAUAUUGAUACUGAAAAGGGACAAUUACAACAUGAGCGUAUAUUAAGUUCGGAUGAUAAAGUGUCAUCUGACCAAAAUGAUGAAGAUAAUUCGAUUGAAAAGAUUACAUUAGAUGAUUGUGAACCUCCGAUGAAGGUAAUGUCACAGGAUAUCAUAGUCAGUACAGAAUCGGAAAUUAAUACGACCAUAAAGCAGGAUUCAUUUGUUGAGGAUGAAGGUUCACCACAGAAAAGUGUCAACUCGGAAGAUGAGGAUAUUAAAGGUUUAGUCUUGGACGAUGAUAUGGCAAAUGCUGCUCUAAAAAUUCAGUCCACUUUCCGUGGACAUAAGGUUCGAAAGGAAAUGAAGGAAACUCAACAAAAUGAUUCUUUGAUUGAAGAAGAGAAUGUUGGAGAUAAAAUAGCAUCAAAGGAAGAAGUUGAUGAAAACAAUCAGAUAAAUGAUACAGAAUCUGAUGAAAUAAUAAAGAAAUCUGACGAGGAGUGCGAGGCAGGCAACAGUGUAGAAGAAAAAGAUGAGAUUAAUUUGGAAAGUCAUUCUACUGAAGCUAAUGAGAAUGAAUUUAAUGACGAUGAAAUUGCACACGAUGGUAAAUUAAGUGUAGAAAAUGUUGAUGCUAUGUCAGAAAAUGAAGAACUUUUAAGCUCUGCUGAGAAUAAUAUUGAAGAAAAUUUACAACCCGAAAAUGUUAUUUUAAUGGAACAAGAAUGUAAUGCAGAGCAAAUUAUAACAAAUGAAAGCACACAAAGCUUUGAUAAUGUUGAAAUAAACCUCAAAGAUGUACAAGAUGAUGUAAUUGAGAGUGAAAAUGUUCAAACAACCCUUACAGAAUAUCCGGAAGCAAACGAUAAUGUCAAUCUUGAAGAUAAAGAUGACAUUUCUGCAAUGGUCUUGGACGAUGAGAUGGAAGAGGCUGCAUUAAAAAUCCAAUCUGCCUUUCGCGGACAUCAAGUAAGAAAGGAUAUGAACCAGAAAGAUAUAACUUCAACUGAUAACGCAAGCGAAGAAAUUUGUGAAGAAAAAGAAAUUUUAGCUGAUUCUGAAAAUGUCAUUGAAGAAAUUGUUAAUGAGGAGCAAGAGCUUGAAAACAAAAUAAGUGAAGAACUUGUCAGCACUUUAGAAUUAAACCAAGAAGAAAUAAUCGAUGGAAAUGAUGACAUUAUUAAUAAUGAUGAUGAAGAGAAUUUAUCUAAAGUUGAAGCAAUUAUGGAAAGUGAACUAUCGCCUGAAGAAAAUGUAAAUGAGAUAGAAGUUGAUACCACGGAAUUAAAUUCAAAUCAAGUUGAAGAAGAAUUAGCAAUUGAAAUGUCAAAUGAGCAAGUGGAUGCUGUCGUUGAAAAUGAAAAGCCAGAAACAGAUAUUUCAAUUGAGGGAUGUGAAAAUGAACAAACUGUUGAACAAAGCGAAGAAUCAAAGGCAGAUGAGCGAGCAAUGUCUCAAGAAAUUUUAGAAAAUAAUAAACAAGAAGAUGCUGUAUUUGAUGAGCUUAAGGAAACUCAAACAGUUGAUAUAUCGGGAAAUAAUGAGGGUGAAAUAUUAAAACCAGAUGAUGCUGAAUUAGAGCAAGUGUCAGAUGAAAAAAUAGUCGAACAUCACUCUAAGGAAAAUGUAGUAGACAAUUCUGAUGAGAAUAAUGAAGAGCAACAAGAAGAAAUAAUCGAUGUAGAUAAAGCAUCACCUACUGAUAUUGAUUACGAAGUACUAUGUGAAUCAACAAAUUCAUUAGAUAAAAUUGAGAACAACGAAGCACCGGAAGUUGUGGACGUGGCAUCUCCUACAAAUAUCGAUUAUGAAGAACUAUGUGAGUCCAUUGAAUCACCCGAGAAAUUGGAAUCAAAAGCAACAACUAAUGAAAAUUCAAUUGAUGCUGAUACGAAAUCAAUUGACUCAAAAACCAGUUUUGGCAACGAACUCGAUGAUCAACAAGAAUCACAAAUUAAGCUUGAAAACAUUUUGAGUGAUUUUAUAUCACCUUACGAUUUAUAUGAUGAGGUUGUCAACACCCAAGCAACAUUUAUGAACCAAAAUGAGAGCGAGACUCUUGUAGACGAGAAUGAUGAACUAGAAGAAGCUGCUGUGAAAAUUCAAUCAGCUUUUAGAGGUCAUAAAACCAGAAUGGAAAUUAAAUCACAGCACGAUACUGUAAAAGAAUCUUCUGAAACUGAAUCAGCUCCAAAUGCUGAAGAAAAAGAAGAAGUAGUAGACGAUGAUAUUAAAAAUAUGGUUUUAGACGAUGAAAUGGAACAAGCAGCUCUGAAAAUUCAAUCCUCAUUCCGAGGUCACAAAGUAAGAAAACAGCAGAAAAAUGAUGAGGACAAAAAGGAUGAAGAUAAUAUCCAUAGCGAUGAACCAGUAGAAAUUUCUUUAGAUGAUAGAAGUGAGGAGCAAAUAGAAAAAAUUACGAACCCAGAGCUUUUAGAUUUAAGCGAAAAAGAUGAACAAACGAAUGAAAACGAUGAAAUUAGAGAUGAAAUUUUAACUCCUGAUAAGGACGAAUCUGAGAUCCCAGAAGAAAACAACGUACCUUUUGAUGACAUCCCAUACCCAAAGCAAGAAAAUUGUAAUGCAGAUGAAAACCUAGAGCCAAAUCUUUCCGAGGAAAAAGUCGAGGAAAAUGAUUCAAAGAAAUUGUCUAAUGACGAGGAAAAUAAUGAAAUAGACGAUAUGAUAUUAGAUGAGGAAAUGGAGGAUGCGGCAUUAAAAAUUCAAGCUGUUUUCCGCGGGCAUCAAGUGCGAAAAGAAAAAUAUUCCAACGCCACAAACGAUACAGAAUUGUCAAAACAGGAUGAAAGUACGAACAAUGAAACUAUCGUAAUCGAGCAAUGUUCUGAAGGAAAUGAAGAUACCCAGGAUAAUGAUGAAAAUGAACAGCAAGACACGAGUGCGGAUGUUGACGAAAUUCAAGAAUGUGAAGCCGCAGAGCAAGAGAAUGAAACGGAAGAAACUGAGGAAGUGAAUGAGGCUGAAGAAGUCAAUGAAAAUGAAGAAGAAACCACAGAAACUAAUGAACAAGGAGGUGAUGACCCUGAUGAACCAGAACAGGCUGAAGGAGAGAGUUCAGAACAGCAACAAAAUAACGAUGACGAUGAUGUAGCAAAUAUGGUCCUCGAUGAGGAAAUGGAGCAGGCUGCAUUGAAAAUUCAAUCUACAUUUAGAGGCCACAAAGCACGUAGUGAGGUGAAGCCUAAACAAGAAGUAGAGGCUAGCAAAGAAGAUUCAGUUCAAAAUAUCGACGAUGAAAUUGCAAAUAUGGUUCUUGAUGAUGAAAUGGAACAAGCCGCUUUGAAAAUACAAUCAGCAUUUAGGGGAAAUAAGAGUAAAAAGGAAGAAACAACCACACAAGAAAGCAAGGAAGAAGAAGAGGAAGAGAAUAAAGAAAAAGAGAAACCAGAAGAGGAGAAAAAUGAGCCAUCAAGCUCAGGUGAAUCGUCUGAGAAAACGGCAAAGCAAUUGCAAGACGAAGAGGACAUUGCGAGUAUAGUCAUGGACGAUGAAAUGGAGAAGACCGCAUUAAAAAUUCAAUCCGCUUUUCGUGGUAAGAUUAAGAGAAAGACUCCAAAGGAUGGUUUAGAAUCAUAUGAAUCAUCUGCUGAUGAUUAUAAUGCCGACGCUGAAGAGAGCUUGCAAAAGUCGGACGAAAAUGUUGGAGAUAUGUACGAAUUUUUCAGUGCUAGUGUUGAAUGUGAUGAUGAGGACGAAAGAGGUAAUAACUCGUAUGAUGAUGACGACUAUAACGAGUAUUUGGCAAAGCGAGAAUCAUAUGCAAACGAUGGCAGCUAUUCUAUUGAUAGAUAUAAUAAUACUGGAAUGGAUGCAUAUAACGAAACAAUAUAUCCAAGUGAUAAUGAUAAUGAUAUUGACUUGAUGCAUGGCGGUGGUAUUUUCCCAGAGACAUCAGGCGAAUCGGGCACAUUAGAGUCAUUUGCAGGAUAUUUAAGUGAGGAUAAUAAUAACAAUAAUGAUCCACCAGAAGACAAAAGGGAAUUUAGCAAUCGCAUGAGUGAGUCCUCGUUAAAAGAUGACGAUACUAAGGAAUUAAUUGAGCAGAAAUCUGAGGAAAAAGUCAUAGAAACUUAUGAUUUCAACUCGAAUAAAGAUUCAGCAGAAGCUUUAUAUUAUUCAUUGAAGAAAAACGAGAUCGAAGCACAAAAACGCUUUGAAUCUGAUACAUCACAAGAUAUGAAUGACUUUCAAAGCGAAAUGAACGAAAAGAACGAUAACGAAAGCCUUGAAAAAGAAGAAUAUAUUCCAAUGGAUGAUGAUGAUGACGAUGACGAUGUUGUUGUAAGUCCAUCAAACGAUGUUCAAAAAUUAAAAUAUGGAAUGAGUAUGGAUGAUAGAUUGCUUGGCUCUAUUUUAAGUCAAGAUUAUACAAAGGGACGAAAAAUGUAUCCAGAUGAGUCAUUUGAUCCCUUAUUAGAGGAAGCAAUGAGCAGCAAUUAUAGUGUUCUAGAGAAAAUGAAUGAAUAUUCAAAGAGCGGCGACGACCGAAAAAUCAAUGACAAUAAUGAUGGGGAAGAAGAUCAAUUUGACGAUUUCUUUCCUGGUAAUAUUCGAUCGAAAAUAAUGGCUUCAUCUAUUUCAAUCGCAGACUCGGACUAUUUCGAUCCAACAAACAACAAAUCAAUUAUUGACGAUGAUAGAAUUCGAACGGCUCUUGAAACAAUUCAUUCAACUGAUUCGGAAUCUACAAUUGGAUCUGCAACAACUAAAAUACAAGCUGGCGACAAGGGCUUGAUUACUUAUCGUAAUAAAACUUUUCAAUAUUCUUCAAUUGGAAAUGCUGCAAUUGAUAAAUCUCUUGAUGAAUUUAUACAGUCACAAGAACUAAAGAUUGAUAGAUUUGAAGAAGAACCAGAAGGAUACAACAGUCCACCGCCAAAGAAACAAGAAAGUGCUGAUGAUUUUACAGACGAUACAUGCACAGAGUCCGAAAAAAGGCCAACAAUGGCUGGAAUUAUAGAAAUCAAGCUUGAGCAAAAGAACUUCCUUACUAUUGAUGAACGUCGCAGAACAUUACACAGAGAAGAUGCCAUUCAGAGAAAUUCAACAAGAUCUGUCGACGAAGACCCUUCGAAAUCUGCAAACGCUUCACAUGACAAGAAUCAGAAUCAGAUGCAAACAGAAACAACAACAACAUCUGUUCAAGGCCAAAAUUCUGUUAUUGAUACUGAAAUUGCUGUGCCAGUUCUCGAGAAACCCAAAACUAAUGUCAACAUGAAGCCCGUAAAGGUUCCAAUGCGUCGUCAAAAAACUAUGCCUGUGCAAAUUGAAAGCAACGUUAUAAGAGUUCUGCCAAAGCACUUGAGAAAAAGGAUUAAAAGUGCUGACAGUGAUAAGAAGAAAAGGAUUCAAAAGCAAUAAAUGGAGGGAUAGUUCGUCCAUAUGAUGGCAAUUUCAUGAUUUAUAAAUGUUGAGAAUAUAGAAAAAUAUAUUUAUGCUAUCAAUUACUAAAAGUCGAUUUCACUAAAGCUGAUAAUUUUAGUGCAGUUGCCGCCCAACCUUCAACCUUGAGAUAAUGUUAGGGAUUAUCUUAGAUAAAAUUAUCAAUUACGUUACGGGAGAUUAUCUCGGAUUAAAAAUAAUCUAGUUUAAUGAAAUUGACCCUUAGAGCUUUAAAUAUUACAGAAAUACUGCACGGUAACAUUAGGGGUUGUUCACAUAUGAUGUUCAUAGUUUCGCGAGUUCUGAAGUUUUGUGAAACUUUUAUCUUUAGUCUACUUUGACUAGAUGGUUGGCUUGUAGCAUUUCGGAAUUGAAAUUUUGUGACAAUGUGAUUUGCUUAUAAACGUGAUAAGUGAACGACUCUAUAAUCUAGUCAAUAAAACUAGCAAAAAUCUUCUAAAUUAGGUGAAUUGAAAAUUACAGAAAAAUUAAAUAUGAAAAGAGUUUAUUUGACAACAUAAUUAUGAAAGUUAAAUAUUUGAUCGUAUAUUUACUUAAACAAAUUAUUAAUACAAAAUAUUUAACAGUUAUUAACACAAAUAAAGUACAUACUCACCCAAAAAAUACAUCAAUUUUUAAUUAAUUAAUUUAUUUGCAUUACUUUUGAGACUUUUCAAGCAUCCCCUUUAAAACAUCAAUUUUAAACUCGUAUUCCUGCUCAAUUCUCUUGAGCUUUUCGCUAUACUGUUGCUCCCUUUCUUUUAACGUAUCAUUAACUCUCGAUUGAAUCUUUUCUACAGCUUCAGCAUACCCAUUUUUUAUACGCUCGCAUUCACUACGAUAAUAC